AUGCAUUCGACUAUGACGAAGAAGAAGAAAAAAGGAAAAUAUCUUGUCAUCAUCAUAUCACACACCUGUUGAUUGGUGACAAAAUGACCAAUUGUUGUUAAACGAUGGGCAAUACUCAGUCAUUACCGGAUGAUGGUCCAUUGAAAAUGUCUGCUGAAGUUGUGGACAAAUAUCUGCGACCAACAACAGAAUAUUCGUUGAAAAUUUUGCGCACUUACUUUGAACGGUACCGGUUAUUUGUGAAACACAAUCCACUGCUCGUUUCGGAAAUUGAAUCUGCAUUGUAUUGGAUCUCAUACCUGUUGGCAACUACCAAAUUUCAUAAUUCCCGCAUCAUAUCCGAAUUGCUGUCAUCAUGUUCAUCACUGCUCACAUUAUUCGACGACAGUCUACUUCGUCGUUCAUACGGGUUGGCCACCACCAAUGCGAACACGUCGGUUCACACAUUCCAUAUGGUGCUGCAAUUCAUUGAGUACAUUCAAGUAUUUGUCGAAUUGACCGCCGUGCAAUUGUAUGGCCGUUAUGGCAAAUGGUUGGUCAUAUCGAUCAUCGAGAUUAUCAAGGCGAGCAUACGUUUACUGUUGCUAUUCUACUAUCAACAGGGCCUCACCCAUCAUCAGUAUUUGAUGCCAUUGAAUCGGCUACAUGAAUUUGAGCAAUAUCAGAUGAAACAGAAAUUUAAUCAACAGCAACGACAAUCGCAGAGUGCUGUAGAUGCAUCGUCCAGGUCCAGUGUUGACGAGGCAAUCGUCAUGCAGGACGAUGAAGAGGAAGAAGUGGUUGUACCAGAUGAUGGUGGAAAUAGUCACAACCACUCAUUCAUAGAACCAAACGAAACGCAGCUCUUUCGGUUGAAAAGUUCAGGUCGCCUCAUACGAAAUAUCGGUCAAGCGCCUGCGAAAGAGAAACGAACUUGGCUUACACCACAACAACAACAACGUUUACAGCGUUUGUUGCAGAAAAAUCAUCGAUCAUCGCCAACGGUGACACAACUGAAUCAAAGACGAUUGAUUGGCGAACUGUUGCAUGUGCUGAGGCCGGUCAUUCAUCUGACCACUGGAGCCAUAGUGGGUGGUGUCCAAGACCAUUGGACACCGUAUCUAGUGUCACUUGGUUUAGAUGUCAUAUCGCUACGUCUGUUGCGGAGCAGCAGCAGCAGCAAUGAUAAUAAUCUGUUUGGUUUAAUCAUGAAAUUCAACAAUGGCUCAUCGAAUGACGUUGAUGAGAUGUGGAAUUGGUCCGAACGUUUGGAGAUUCAACGUCGCCAUCUUUUGCUAUUGAUGUAUCUGUUGAGGGGGCCAUUCUAUGAUCAAUACACCAAACAACGAUUACUGCGGUUAAUAUCGUUGUUUGCCAACUACAUUCCACUGUUUGGCCGAUUGUGUCGGCCAUUGAUUCGGGCGUUGCCCGAAUGGCAACAAGUCUACUUUUAUGUAUGGAAUUGAUUGAAUGACUUGGUUUGGAUGAAUGAAUGAAUGAAUGGAAUAGAAUGGAUUUUAUUAUGAAAAUUAAAGUAACCCACCGAGUGGUGGUGUGGUUGCAUUAUAUAUAAAUA